AUGGGCAAGACUGGAAUCCGAACUAUUUGCAAAAUCGAUUUCAACAAACCUGCUGAGGAGCAGCCGUAUCUCCAUAACAGGCGGCAUCCCGACAUCCCAUUUGCGGGCACCAUCAAGGACGGCGAAACGGUGAAGAUUGAGUCCCUCGACUGGUCCCUCGACUGGACUGGGGGGCAGAUCAAGAACGAUGACUCGGCCGACGAUGUCAAGAAUGUGGACCUCACCAAGGUUCACUAUCUCUCCGGCCCCUUCGAAAUCGAGGGAUCCAUGCCCGGCGAUCUGCUCCUGGUUGAGAUCAUGGAUGUUCAGCCAUUUCAGGACCGGCGUGGGGAUUCACAGCGAUCUUCGACGGGCGCAAUGCGGGCGGUUUCUUAG